AUGUCCACAACAAUAAAUUUAGCGGUAGCGGUACUCUGUCUCCUGCAUUUAGUGGGAGCCAUUGCUGGCCAGCAGAAUCUCCUCACGCGUCCUCAGCGGAGCUCUCUCUUCGGUGGGUCACCCGCUUUGGAUUCGCUCGCUUCCUUCGGCUCCAUCGGUCACCUGGCUCCCCUUACAUCAGCCGGCUGGAACAGCGUGACACCGAUUGUCGGGGAGUGGGCCUACAAUCCGAUUGGUCUGGGACACAUGAGCAAGGAUGAGCUGGUGACCCUGCUGGACGCUUGGCGAGAGGUAGAGCAGGAAGUGGCCACCAGCCCAGUGCCAGAGCCACUGGAAACCACCACAACGCCGGCACCACCAAGGCGACCCCGUCCGCCUCCUCCUCCUCCACCGCCUCCACCACCACGGCCAGUAGUGCUUGCGCCUGCUCCCAAUCCGCUAGCACCUGGUACUCCAGUUACCGUUCGACUGCCGGCCUUUGUCCCCGUCCGGCUGGCGGCCAUGUUCACUCCCCGCGCUCCCGAUGCCGUUGCUCCUGCUGCUGGCGGGGAUGACCUGGUCACCGAUGAUGUAACAGACAGCGAGGCCAUGCCCCGCCUCUUCCGCUUCAUGCAGAUGACCGCGCCACGCGCCCCCUCGUCUCGUCGCCAGCAACAGCAGCAGCAGCAGAUCGUAGUGCGGAAUACGCUGGACAGCAUCGAAGCGGGCACCUCGCCGGCCAGGAACCGCGUGAAGCCCAGCCCCAGGGUGGCCCAGGCAGCCCCACAGCCUGCGCCAGUGUCUCCCUUCCAUGCCAGGUUCGGAAUGCCGGACCAGCUGGCCAACGCUCGCCUGGAGCUCGUGCCCUCGUCGCAGAUCAUCGGCGACUGGCGAGAGUGA